UGCGAGGGGCACUGCCGUCCAUCCUCCCACCCCGAGAGCCAGAGCCCCUGGGUUGUCCUUGCACACCUGACCCGCACAUCUUCACGUCCUAAAUUUUCUUUCAUCUCCGUCAACUCAGCACCACCAAGGCCUCCGUUAGAUCCCAAAACCAUUCCCAUCUCCUCCCUGCACUGUUCUGAGGAAGCAGAACUCUUGUUUCCUUUCUUGGCAGCCAGAGGGAUGCUUAACUCCUCAACCGUGGUCACUUCCAUUCCUUUGCUCAAAAACCUUGGGAACUUCCCAUCUUGCUCAGGGUCUUGGUAUAGGGCAAAACAACCCCUUGCUGCCCUCUCUUCCCUGUCUCUUCCACCCGUCUGCUUUCUCACAGUUUCUUAAACAAACCAGGCUCGCUUCUGCAACCGGGCCUUUGCACAUGCUGUCAACGCUGCUUGGAGUGCUCUUUCUCCAUCUUCUCAUCUGAUCGAUUCUUCUUUAGUCUUCUGUGAUCAUGAUGCAGCAUCACUUCCUCAAAGACGUUGCUGACCUCUCCAGCUAGAUCUGUGUUGAGGGCAAUAUUGCUAGUGGGAAGACCACAUGCCUGGAUUUCUUCUCCAGCACAACAGAAAUCGAGGUGUUACCUGAGCCUGUAUCCAAGUGGAGAAAUAUCCGUGGCCAUAAUCCUCUGGGUCUGAUGUACUGUGAUGCCGUUCGAUGGGGCCUCACGUUGCAGACAUAUGUGCAGCUCACCAUGCUGGAGCAGCACACUCGUCCUCAGAUAUUACCUGUACGGUUGAUGGAGCGGUCGAUUCACAGCGCAAGAUACAUUUUUGUAGAAAACCUGUAUAGAAGCGGGAAGAUGCCUGAAGUAGACUACGUGGUCCUGUCGGAGUGGUUUGACUGGAUUGUGAGGAACAUCGACGUGUCCGUGGAUUUGAUAGUUUAUCUCCGGACCACUCCUGAGACCUGUUAUCAGAGGUUAAAGAUGAGAUGCAGAGAAGAGGAGAAGGUCAUUCCAUUAGAAUACCUGGAUGCUAUUCACAACCUCUAUGAGGAAUGGCUCAUCAAAGGGAACCUUUUCCCUGUAGUGGCCCCUGUUCUGGUGAUUGAGGCUGACCAGAACAUGCAGAAAAUGUUAGAACUCUUUGAAUGGAACCGGGACCGAAUAUUAACUCCAGGGAAUCAGAAACAUGGUCCAUAGGACAGGAAAGCUCAUGCCAGAAAAAUGCCUGCUGCUGCCAGCUUAACUAUUAGGAGUGAUGUGGGAAAUCUCCUCUUGGAAGGGCUUUGUAUCUGGCCAGAUUUAUUUUCCUAAUGGUCUUUCUCCUUCGCCAGUGUCUUUAUCCUGGGUUUCUGGCCCUAGAGGAUAAAUGACAAAUGAGACCAGUGGGUUUGUUAUGCCCUUUAACGUUUGCAGCCUUGCAUUCCCCCUGGCACCUCUCGUGGUGGUCGCCCAUUGUUUGGUCCCUCUAAUUAAGCCCUGAGGAACGGCCAGCUGACAUCAAGGUGGAUUCAUGGUCUCUAACCCCUCAGACCACACAGGAGGGUGAGGUAGUGGUUUUACAUCUCAGGGUCUGAAGUGGAAGCUCAGAGAGGCCAAGGGACUCCCCAGGGUCACACAGCCAGGGUGUUGGCAACACCCAGACUUUUGGCAAUUCCAAAAAUGUUCUCCUGCCCCAGGCUGCCUCAUCCUGAGAGCCCUGUCUUCCCCGGCUGGAGUCCUCACAUCUGUGUGGAGAGAGGCAGCAGUGCAUGGGGCAGAUGUCAUCAUUUCCUCAUGAUUUUAGCUGUUCUCAGGACAACAGUCACUUCUAGACUUUCACAAAAUUGUGGUGUGUUUGGCCUGAGAUCAGUAUCUAGUGGUUUCUCAACAAAAGCCACUGUGGCGUUUACCCCUUGUCAUCCGGGCAGCUGGGCUCCCAUCCUUAGAAAAAUUAGGCGUUGGCUCCCAAAUGGUGCGUGGUCUCCUGGUGAUGAAGGUCCUGCUUGAGCUGCUGCCAGUUCCAUAGGAGAAAAAUGGCUUUUGGCCCCUGGCUGGUUUGCCCAGUGCCGAGCAGGGGCAAGGGGCUACCAGCCCUGGCUUCCGAGGCUCCCUAAAUCCAGAGAGGCCUUUUGUGUGGAGCUUUGCCCUCGGAAUUAGUUUGUGCCCGGGGCAGAGAUGCAAGUGGCACAAGGCUUUAUGAAAUGUUUUUCGAUCCAAGGGGACACCUUCAGCCAUAAAGCAUGAAACCAUCUUUAUUGGUUCAGAAAAAUCUCAGCUUUGCUUAGCUGUAACAGUGCAUUGAAGGCACAGCCGUUUCUUGAGUCAAGCUGGAAGCAAGAAGAAGGAAGAGUGUUCUCUUCGGGACAGUCUGGAUGAGGAAGUCGGGGCUUGCAAGCAAAGGCUCUCGGAGCUCUGGGGGAGGGGAGCAGAGAGCGUCAAGAACAAUGGCUGCAGACGUGGGGGAGGGGCAGUUGUAAACUUUGGGGAAACAGGCCUUGGCCCCUCCCCACACUGAGAAACGGUUGGUGUAAAGGAAGGUUGGGAGUCCUUGUCUCAGCCUCUGUGAGUACGGCACCUGUGUAUAUGGGAGUUCUCUGCCGCUAAAGAGGUGCCCAGAGGGAGGGCUGAGGGGGCAGGCACUCUGGCUCCUGGCCCUUCCUGUCUGGGCUGAAUCUUGGGCUGUGGGCAGGAUGAGGGGCAGCAGCCCAGAGGGGAUGUGUCUCAGCCCAGAUGAUUGACUGGAAACCUGGAGGAGGCAGGAACCUCUGCUGCCAGGACUCUUGACGUGCAGGGGCCAUCUUUGGGAAUUUGUAAAUGAUUGGUCCACUGUUUUCCCCACAGCUCAAUUCAAGCAUUUGUUCUGGGGGAAAUCUGAUUUUUAAAAAAAAGUCUUGCUCUGUGGUGGCCAAUAA